AUCUAAAUGAAUAUUCUUAUGAAAAUGAAUAUCCAAUUCCAUAUGGUUCACAACUUGAUAUUCCUAACAUUACAUGUAAAACUAAUAUAGAAAAUAAAUCAUGUGAUGAUUACAUUUAUCAGACAAACAAUGGUUGUUGGACCCUUUCACCAUUAAGAUUUUCUGAUCGGAAUGCAAAAUGUAGUGGUUCAUUUUGUUCUUUAGAUAGUUAUAAUCAUUAUCUAAUAGAUAGUUAUAAUAAUUUUGUUAUUUUAAAUAUUACCUCGAAUAAUUCAUCUUCGACUGAUUAUUAUGUAGUUAUGUUUAAUUUUGUCUUUAUAGGAAAUUCAAGGAAAAAUUUUCUACAAUUAAAAUUUAAUAUGCAUCCAUUUAACGGC